AACCGCUCCGCUCCACUGGAAAAUCGUGAGGCCGUGCUCUCUCUUCUUCCUCAAAAUCCUCUGCCCCUCCAAGAGCACCAUCCCCCCCAAAAAAAGAGCGAAAAAAUUAUAACCCAUUCUUCACCUGCUUUCUGUUCUUGCCCUUUUGGAUUAGAUAAUUGAUUAGGCAUUCAAGGUCCUGGCAUCGGCAUUCAUCGAGGCGAAAUAGAAACAAGCAGUACCAUGUCGGGACCACUAUCUCCCAAACCGGCUGAUGAGAGACAUGAUGUCGAACAUCAUGAGAAGAACAAGAUUGCAUCUUUCAAGAAGAAAGCUAUCAAUGCCUCCAACAAGUUCAGGCAUUCUUUGACCAAGAAGGGUAGGAGGAGCAGCAAAGUCAUGUCCGUUGACAUCGAGGAUGAGCACGAUGCUGAAGAGUUGCAAGCUGUCGAUGCUUUCCGUCAAGCUCUGAUACUGGAGGAACUCCUACCGUCAAAGCAUGACGAUUACCACAUGAUGCUCCGGUUCUUGAAGGCCAGGAAGUUUGACAUCGAGAAAUCAAAGCAAAUGUGGGCCAACAUGAUCCAGUGGAGGGAAGAAUUCGGUGCCGACACCAUCUUAGAGGAAUUCGAAUUCGAAGAGAUUAAUGAAGUCCUCAAGUACUAUCCCCAAGGGCAUCAUGGUGUAGAUAAGGAAGGUCGGCCCGUGUAUAUUGAGAGACUCGGUCAAGUGGAUGCCACAAAGCUGAUGCAAGUCACGACCAUGGAGCGUUAUGUGAAAUACCAUGUUCGGGAGUUUGAGAGGAUCUUUGCUGUGAAAUUCCCAGCUUGUUCCAUAGCAGCAAAGAAGCACAUCGAUCAAAGCACUACAAUAUUGGAUGUGCAGGGAGUGGGGCUUAAAAACUUCAAUAAAGCCGCCAGGGACCUUGUCACUCGCCUUCAGAAGAUUGACGGUGACAAUUACCCCGAGACCUUGAACCGGAUGUUCAUUAUCAAUGCGGGUUCCGGCUUUAGAAUGUUGUGGAACACUGUUAAGUCUUUCCUUGAUCCAAAGACCACGGCUAAGAUUCAUGUCCUUGGUAACAAGUACCAGAGCAAGUUGCUUGAAAUAAUUGAUGCAAGCGAGUUGCCAGAAUUCUUGGGAGGCACUUGUACUUGUUCAGACCAGGGUGGUUGUAUGCUUUCUGAUAAAGGCCCAUGGAAGGACCAAGAGAUAAUGAAGAUGGUUCAAAAUGGCGAUCACAUGUGCCGAAAGAAAUCAACCACUGGUUCUGAUGAGAAGACAAUCUCUGAGGAUGAGAUGGCAAAUGCCAAGGGAUGUGAUCACCCCAAUUCCGAUGCUGUGGACAUGCGACCUCAACCUCCCCAUCUGUCUCCUAUCGUUGAAGAAGUCUACAAUGGCCAAAAUUGCAAGAAAUCUUUCAGGCGUGAGGAUUUUGUCCCAGUGGUCGAUAAAAGCGUCGUUGCGACUUGGGAAAAGUUUGCGCAUGAUGAUAAAUUGGCACUUCCAAUAGGAAAUCACUUUGCCAUGGCUGAUCCUCACAAGGCCCCCAAACCUGAAGGCUUUAGCUCUCAUCUUUUCUCCGGCCUAAUGACAGUGGUCAUGGGCGUCGCCACCGUCAUUAGAAUGACGCGCAACAUGCCCAAGAAGGUCACUGAUGCUACCUUGUACUCUAGCGCAGACUACUAUACCGACAACAUGGUUAAGAGCCAGCUGCACUACUCUGAGUUCGCUCCGCCACCUAUCUCUUCUUCCGACUACUUCACGAUGUUGAAGCGCAUGGCCGAGUUGGAGGAGAAGGUCACUGUCCUGAACAUGAAGCCCGCUGCCAUGCCUGUGGAGAAGCAGGAAAUGUUGGAUGCUGCAAUAAGCAGGGUCAGCACAUUGGAGCAAGAGCUUACGGCAACCAAGAAGGCUCUGGACGAUGCAAUUGGCCGACAGCAGGAGCUCCUGGACUACAUCGAGAAAAAGAAAAAGAAGAAGUCGCUGUUUGGCUGGUAAGGGAGAGACACUGAAUGCCCCCCCGGGGAGAUUGCUGGUGAUCCCAAAAGUGGUGGUUGGGUUAUGUUCAGAGUUUUCAAGGCCAUCCUGAAAUUCCCAGUCUUUUUCCUAAAACAGUUUCCUAUAAAAUUGUUCUACAAACUAUUAAACAUUGCAAGGGCUUUCACUAUCUGGUGUAUAUAUGAUGUGGAAGAUCUGUUUGCGCUUGUUUUCCUGGCAA